UCGUUAAUUGUCUUGAGUGAUCAGUCAUCACUUUCUUUGCAGGAAUAUGUCUAAGCUUUUCUCUCACUGCCUAUUUCUAUUGCUCCUACUACAGAUCUCUCAUGUCUCCCAUGCUGACGUUGGCACAGCUGCUCACUACAGACCCCCAUAUUUACCCACAGCGUGUUUCGGAAGCGACGCGGGGCAGUUCCCGUCGAGCAACUUGUUUGGGUCGGCCGGCGAAGGGAUUUGGGACAACGGCGCCGCUUGUGGGAGACAAUAUUUGGUGCGGUGCAUAAGCGCGGCUGUUCCCCGAACUUGCAUUCCAGGCCAAACCAUUCAAAUAAGGAUAGUUGAUCGUGCAUUUAAUUCGGUGUCUAGGCCUUCAAGGGAUGGUACUUCCAUGGUUCUUUCUACCACUGCAUUUGGGACAAUCGCCAAAUCUUCGGCAACAUCCAUUAACAUAGAAUUCCAACUGGUUUGAAGGGGAUAUACUUUAUUGAUUUAUCAAGGUGAUGGAGCUGAACAUCAUUUCUCUAGCUGCUUCUAGAAUUUUGACGGGAAAGUCAAUGUGUUUGGUUGAUUAGGCCUAUAUUUUUCCCCGUGGUUAGAAAUAAUAGGAAUGAAAUUGAAUUGUAUGAUGAACUGUAGCUCUGUUUAUUCUUCUAGAGAAUCCAACUUUUUUUUUUUUAUCAUGCAAAUUGAAACAAUAAAAGUUUUCCUCUCUGCAA